GAUAGGAAUGUUAGAUAUAGGUAGUUCAAAUAGGUAAUAGAAAUUAGGGUAGGUUAGCGUAUUAAGGCCAUUGUUUGUAUUAUUGUUAACGACGUUUAAAUUCGGCAUGAUUUUUUUGGAUUCAUCGGAUGAAUUUCAAACUAAGCCAUGCUGCGUUUUCCUGCGUUCGUGUUUCGUUAUAAUUUUUUUGGCGACUGCACUUCUAGGGAUAUCUGCCGGGGGCCAAUGGAUAGUUAAAGGUGUCGGGCCUCGUUACGGUUUCAUUGCUUGUGCUGCUUUUGUGAUCGGUGCCGUGAUUGUGAUCUUUUGCAUUUUGCGGGCGUGUUCUGCAUGUGACAGCAGUCCAACCGAAGAUGGAGACGAUAUAAGCAAUGCAACAAGUUUUGAAAUAUUGCAAGACGAAGCACCAGUAGAAGAAAUUAAUUCUUACGACAUUUCACCGCAACAAGCGCGUCAAUUAAUAUCCGAAUUCUGUCAACACAUGUCGCCCGGAAGAUGGCACGAACAUUCGCUGGAACAAGGAUUUGUCGUUAAUCUCGAAGAUCGACCUCCAUCAUAUGACAAGUUAUCACUCAUAUCGGACCAAGAAGAAGCUCUUCGACCUAAGAUAGCUUCAAGUCAAUGCAGUGAUAUUUCACCACCAGACUACCAUCAAAUUUCUGAUUAAGUGAAUAAUUAUAUUAACCAAUAGCAUUACAUUGUUCGACAACUGAUAGUUUUAGGAAGAGAGGGAUUCAAAAUUUUAAAAACAUGUCCUCUUUAAA